GUGCGGGGAAAUUCUGUAUUUCGCGUGGUCGUAAUUUACAUGUGAAAUUCAUGUUAAAAUGUGCAUCGAAAGUGUAGAAAUCGCGAAAACUAGAAAAAUGGAUCGAACGGAAACGAAAGAGUGUAAUCAAGCGGAUGGUGAUGGAUUGCGGAUGCAGCGAAUCGCCGGUGGAUGCAUGAUUAACCAUGCGCCGCUGUUCUCCCCAGACGGAGACGUAAUAUACGUAAUUUGGGAUAAGUUGGUACGGGCGUUCAGUGUUACCACGGGAGAAGUGGUAAGGGACUUUGAAGGAACUGGAGAAGACAUAAUUGGCAUUCUGUUCGACAGAAACAAUCGGAAGUUUUUAUAUGGAUGCACAAGCAGUGGACAAAUUCUGAACUGGAAUACGGACUCCGGUGUCCUCCAUGGCAAGAAUGAAAUUCUGUUGGGAACCAAAUACGCCGUUGAUCAUUUCAGCAUAUUAUAUGACGAAAACGAUGUGGGCAUUUUUCUUAUCAAUGGAUAUUCCAACAAGCAGUUGGUUGUGCUCUAUAGCCCGACUAAGUUGAAAGUGCUAAAUACUUUGCCAAUCAUGAUCGAGGACUUUAAAACGCAAUUGAAGUUGGCUCCGGGCGGAGAUAGAUUAAAUUAUUUUGCCUUCAUCACCGAUAGUCUGUGGCACUGGGCGACCAUCAAGCCAGUGAUAAAAACUGUUACCCGCAAGCACUGUAAUGAUGUCCCACCGCGAGUGGUUACUUGCCACCCUACAGAAGAUAUUGUAGCUAUUGGGGACGAAAUUGGCAGAGUGAUUCUGUAUAAAAAUUUUCUAAGGUCAAAGUCCGCCGUCCCAGAAACUUAUCAUUGGCAUCAUAAUACGGUAUUAUCGGUUAGAUUUUCCCAUACGGGGACGCAUUUUUAUUCUGGUGGUUCGGAGCGGGUCAUGGUUAAGUGGACCGUAGGUAAACAGGACCUUCGGGAGAUGCUCCCUCGAUUGACCGACUCGGUCGUACAGAUUGCGGUCGCUCCGGAGAAUGUACGGGUAGCUUUAUGUACGGCUGAUAAUGGCAUUCAAAUUUUAAACGCAUUACAAAAGCAGACUGCGGUAAUUCAAAGCUUUUCCAGAAUUUCCGACAACUUUACUGCACGCAAUCCAUUCCCCAUCGGAAUAAAAGUCAAUCCAAGAACCCAGACGAUGAUUCUAAAUGGUAGAAUCGGAUGUAUACAAUUUUUCUCUACUUAUAGUAGAAGCUUACUCUACACGCUGGAUAUUACACUGCGAAAUUACAAUACUAUAGAGCAGAAAAACGUUAUUUAUAACACGGUUGUUAGCAAGGUGGCAGUGAAUGCCCAUUGGUUGGCCUCGGUGGAAACUUGGAACGACAAUUGCUAUUCGUCGGAAACAAGAUUGAAAUUUUGGAAAUACGAUGAAUCGCAACAGAAUUAUGCGCUGAACACCAACAUUGAAAAUGUCCACCAAGGUGGUGGUGUCGAAGGAUUAGAAUUCUCCAACACUUCGAAGGAACGGGAAUUGCUAUGCGCCACAGCUGGUAAAGAUCGUUGUAUAAAAGUAUGGUCGGUGGAGGAGAUUGAAGUUACUGGUGGUGGCGAAAAACUGGUUUGGGUCUGCGUAGGUCGCGUGGACUAUAAAGCUCUGUCGGUGCAGUCAAUAUCCUUCUCACAGGAUGGCUCCCUGCUGGCCGGAGGAUUUGGAAACACUCUUUGCGUUUGGAAUGCGGAAACCUUGCGUUUAAAAUGCGUUCUUUCUGCACCAGCCGGACAAGACGGAGGCGUUAAUCGGGUCACAAUAUCCGUUCCAAAGCAAAAUUCAAAAGUAACUCAAGCUCAACACAAGGAACAACGAUCGAAAUUAGUUCAGCAAUUAUUGCAAGUGCUGGAAAGUAAAGAUGCUUCAGCAUUGGUCAAAAAGGUUGAUCCACGUAAAUCCAAACGUGUAUUGAUAGAUUCUACCAAACAGGUAGACCAUAUGUCUCAACGAGACAAGCAAUAUGUUUUCCAGCGAAUUCAGCUUCACAACGAACUUUCGCUGUUGCAGAAAGCGGAACUUUUCUAUCGACUACGCAUGCAAUGCAGAACAACUGAUGACGUGUACGAAAAAUUUGCCGAAAAACUGGCAAAAGCUAAACGGGUUUCUUCGCAGGCCGAGGUGCAUCUUCGAAAAGCCAUUGAUGAUCUUUGCUCGGACGUCAAAUUUCGCUCCAAAAGGAAACUACACUGCUAUGAGCAACGAAAAGUUUUUUCUCCAACGCUAGCUCAGUGCACCAGUGUGUUCAAUGUUAAUAAGAAACCACGGAAAUAUCGCCCCGUGAGCAACAGCACCAAUCAGCCACCACUCAAAACCGUCGCACAAAUCCAACAUGUUCUCUUCUGUCAUGGAGAGUAUUCCCAUCUGGUCGUGGUGUGUACGGAGAACCGACUGCUCGUCUGGAACCUUUUGAACCUCCGAAUUCAAGUAACCGUCAAUAUAACCGUUGAAACGAUGGUCAUUGAUUCGUUCACCAAUUUGAUUGCUGCCUUUACCGCGGAUAAAGAAUUGUUCGUAUUUUUGCCAAAUAUCCCGAUGCCCUUGUAUCACAGAAAAAACAUACCGCCGGUGUACGGUGCUGCAUGGAUCCCACGACGAUAUCCAAAAUCCCAAUCCCUCAAUGUUAACUGGCAAGCGGUAUCUCAUCUCUACUUUCUGAACCAGAAUCAGGAACUCCUUCAUUUGGUAUCCGAUAGCGAUGAGGAAUCGCACGGUCCGGUGGUCUAUAUGACUGACAUGCUCGGUAAAGGGCUACCAAACACGCCGUUCGCAGCAAUGCUAGCCAAACAAACCUCCUCCGAAGGAACGCAGUCGACUGUAAAGAACUAUGCUGGCGCUAUCGGAGUAGCUGGGAAAAGCAGUAUCAAGGAGAUUGCCGCAUCUUCUGCCCAUACAAUGGCUCCUAUCAGUUUACUGUGCAAGGAUUUCCUCAGAUCUCUUCUGAUAUUCGAAGACCGAAGACGGGUCAGUAAAACAAAUGCUGGCUUCGAAACAUCGUCAACUGUUGCUCAUGGUGACGCUCCCAGUGACGACGAUGACGGUGGUGACCCGUACAGCGAUGUCGAUAGUGAAGCAAGUCAAACGGCUGGUGUAAAAGCCAAAAUCGCAAUUAGGAAAGCAAAUCAAGAGUCCGUCGAGCGAGCUAAGCUGAAAGCCCUGACCCAUACGGAACUGCUCGAUCGUGAUUCGAAGCUGAGGAAACUGUUGCAGGAAAGCGUUCAAAUAGAAUUUUGACCAGCUUUUAUGUAAGUAGAAAUACUAUACCUUCGUUAAAUUUA